AAUAGAACAGACGCUUCCACCAACAGACGUAACCUCACUUUUGUGUUUAAUUUUAUAACCGUGUUUGUUUUUAUUUACCCUUUAAUAGAUUUAUAUGAAUUAUACUUUGAAAAUAGUGUAAAAUGUCCGCAUCGGGAAUGUUAUAUGGGGGUGACGAGAUAGGUGCCUUGGUUUUCGAUCCUGGCCAUCAUUCCCUACGAGUUGGCUAUGCCCAAGAGGAUACCCCUAAAGCCGAGAUACCUGCUAUAGUCGGAAUAGCGCCAAAUGAUUCUCCAAAAAUUGAACCGGAAACCAAAGAAGGCAACACAAUUACACCAUCUCGUGAGUUCAUUCACCUACACACUGGUGGUAACGGUUUCGUUUUAGCGUGGAAGUAUUACAUUGAUACAACUUAUUUGCAUACACCUCGUCCCAGUAUGGAAUUGCACAGUUAUAUGAAGGACGGUAUGAUAGAAAACUGGGAUUUUUUUGAGAAAGUUGUGGACUAUUCUUAUGAAAAGAUAAUCCAGUCUGCAUCCGAGUAUCAUCCAGUAUUGUUCUCCGAGUCUCCGUGGAAUCAGCGCCAGAAACGUGAAAAGUUAACAGAGUUAAUGUUCGAAAAAUACAAAGUGCCUGCAUUUUAUUUAGUAAAGAACGCAGCAUUGGCCGCCUUUGCAAAUGGAAGAUCGACAGCUUUAGUUAUCGAUAGUGGGGCAACUCAUACUACCGCGGUACCUGUUUUAGAUGGAUAUGUUAUAUCAAAUGCUGUAGUUAAAUCGCCAUUAGGUGGUGAUUAUUUAAUAUUGAGAUCCAGAGAAAUGCUCGAAGGGUUGGGAAUUGAUCUUACACCAACUGCAUUAAUCUCUUCCAAAGAAGUUGUACGGGAUAAAGAGAAGCCGAAGUAUACAAAAAAGAAUGUGUCUUUUCUUCCUACAAACAGUUGGAUGGUCUACAUGGUCAAAAAAACCGUUCAGGAUUUUCAACAAAGUGUCCUACAGGUAUCAGAAUCUCCAUAUGACGAAAGGAUAGCUAUUAGUGCUCCAACAGUUAACUACGAGUUUCCUACAGGGUAUCAUCAAGAUUUUGGUUAUGAACGGUUUAAGCUGGCCGAGGGAUUGUUUGAUCAUGCUAUGUUAGGAGCUGGUUAUAUAGCCGCUACAAGUGCAGGAAUGUGUGAUGUUGACGUGAGGCCAGCCCUAUACAGCUCUGUUGUGCUGACUGGUGGCAAUUCAUUGGUUCAGGGUUUUAGUGAACGCCUGGGAAAAGAUUUAUCAUCACGUACUCCUGGAUCAAUGCGACUGAAGAUGAUAGCUGCAAAUGGUACAGUUGAACGUAGAUUCGGCGCAUGGGUCGGAGGUUCGAUUCUAGCUUCAAUAGGAACAUUUCAACAGAUGUGGAUAUCGAUGCAAGAGUACCAGGAAUCUGGAAAAGCACAAAUAGACCGAAAGUGCCCUUAAGUUAGGAUUUUAAAAUUGCAUUCAUCAUUGAUCAUUCUUUAAUUGUGUAUUGUAAUUUAAAUUUAAAUCGAACAUCUUUAAUUUUGAAAGUAUUUUUGUAGUGUUCAUCAAAGCAUGCAUUCUAUUUAACUUUUUAUAGACAAUCACCCUUUACCUUAAAUAAACCAUCAUAGUUUGUUUACUUAA